CGCAGGUUCUCAGGAAAAAAAAAAAAAAAAAGGAAGGAAGCUCUCUCUCUCUCUCUCUCUCUCUCUCUCUUUACUGUUUGAAUCUGAAUUUUCCAUUUCUCUCAGUAUAAAUUUCUCCAAUUCCGAAUCGAAUUCCAAUCUUUCUCAGUUGGAUUUCGUUUCAAGUAAAAGCUGCUUCAGCUUCAAGCACUUCUUCUUCUUCUUCAGCUUUCCGGUCAAGUCUUCCGGCGUCUGAUUCGUGCUCCGGCGUCGUUUUGCCUCCGGAUUCAGCUGCGUAAUGGCGAAGCGUGCAUACAAGCUGCAGGAGUUUGUGGCGCAUUCUGACAAUAUUAACUGUCUAAAUAUUGGGAAAAAGGCGUGCCGACUUUAUGUCACCGGUGGUGACGAUCACAAAGUCAAUCUAUGGACAAUUGGCAAACCUACUGCGUUAAUGAGUCUCACUGGUCAUACAAGUCCAGUUGAAUCUGUAGCUUUUAAUUCAGCAGAAGUUUUGGUGCUUGCUGGAGCUUCUACUGGUGCAACAAAAAUAUGGGAUCUGGAGGAAACAAAGAUGGUUCGCACACUUACCGGACACAGAUCCAGCUGUUCUUCUGUUGAAUUUCAUCCAUUUGGUGAGUUCUUUGCUUCUGGUUCCAUGGACACUAAUCUGAAGAUCUGGGACAUUAGAAAGAAGGGAUGCAUCCACACAUACAAAGGUCAUACUCAAGGCAUUAGUACUAUUAAGUUCACUCCUGAUGGUCGAUGGGUAGUUUCUGGUGGGUUUGACAAUGUUGUAAAGGUGUGGGAUCUAACUGCUGGGAAGCUCUUGCAUGAUUUUAAAUUCCAUGAAGGACAUAUUCGGUCUAUAGAUUUUCAUCCCCUUGAGUUUCUCUUGGCCACAGGUUCUGCAGACAGAACUGUGAAAUUCUGGGAUUUGGAAACUUUUGAACUGAUUGGAUCUACCAGGCCUGAGCCUACAGGAGUACGCGCAAUUACUUUCCACCCUGAUGGGAGGACAAUAUUUUCUGGAUUGGAUGACAGUUUGAAGGUUUAUUCAUGGGAGCCUGUAAUAUCCCAUGAUUCUGUUGAUAUGGGAUGGUCAAGACUUGCUGACUUAUGCAUUCAUGACGGGAAGCUAUUGGGAUGCUCUUACUAUCGAAAUUCUAUUGGAGUCUGGGUUGCGGAUGUGUCGCUUAUUAAGCCAUAUGGAGCUGGUUCAACACCUGAGCAAAAUGACUGUUUAGAUGAGAAAUCUCAUGUAAAGUUGCAAGGAAUCAUGGAGAAGGUAGAGACUGGUAUAAGGGGUCCGGGUUUCCGCUGUACGUCUCCUGAUUAUGACACAAAGGAAAUAAAGAACAUAUAUGUUGAUUGUAAGUUUAUAUCGUUUCCUGUGAACUUUUUUUUUUUUGGUUUUUUUUUUUGUUGGUUUUAUUCCAAUUUGGUGCUUCCAUCCAUAUUUUUGAUGUUGACUUAUUUUGUUAAUGUUUCAGGAAAUGGAUCCCUCAAUAACAGCAAGGAAGUGAGCCCCAUUAAAGUUGUCAAUGGAGUUGCCGUUGUACCAGGAAGGACUCGCACCCUGGUUGAGAGAUUUGAAAGGAGAGAGAGAUUUAGUAGCAAUGACGAUCAAGCAACUGGCGUAUUUGGUCCCGUGAUACCUGAAUAUCAAGCAACCAGCAUAUCUCGUACUGUGAUACCUGAAGAUCAAGCAAGUAGCAUAUCUAGUCCUGUGAUGCCUGAAGAUCAAGCAACUAGCAUAUGUAGUCCCGUGAUACAUGAAAUGGAUAAAACAUUCACCAUGCAGCGAGAAGAAGAACCUCAAAUUUCUGGGAGGCACAUGUCAUCUGCAAACAAUGAUCCUGCUGAAGAUCUGGUGCAAACUCAUGAUGCAUUCCUAAGUACCCUUCGAUCCCGCCUGACAAAACUGCAGGUGGUGAGGCAUUUUUGGGAACGAAAUGAUAUUAAGGGUGCUAUCAGUGCUAUCAGAAAGCUGCCAGAUCAUUCGGUACAAGCAGAUGUGAUUAGUGUUCUCCUGGAGAAAAUGGAUAUUCUGACAUUAGAUCUCUUUUCGUGUUUGCUGCCUGUGCUUCUGGGCUUACUUGAUAGCAAAAUUGAGAGGCAUGCAAAUGUGUCAUUGGAGAUGCUGUUGAAGCUAGUAGCAGUCUUUGGCCCAGUGAUACGGUCUACCAUUUCAGCACCUCCAGCGGUCGGAGUCAAUCUUCAGGCAGAGCAAAGGCUGGAGUGCUGCAACCAAUGCUCUGUGCACCUGCAAAAGAUCCAGAAAAUUCUCCCAGUCUUUGUAAGGAAGGGGGGCGUGCUGGCAAGAUGUGCUCUAGAAUUGAAUCUAAUUCUUCAAGAGUCAUAACAGAUACUGUCUGUCAGAACUGCAAAAAGGUGGCUUCGCUGAUAUAAUGUGUAACAGGAUUGCAUACACAUUCAUCCCAAGUUACAGUUCCUAUCACAAUUGUCUCAAUGCUCUCUACCUCCUCUAGUCAUACGCCAAGUCACUUAAUAUUGAUAGACUAGAGCUCAGGAAUUUUGUGAGGCAAAGAUUAAGCAAUAUCAGUCUUGCCUGAGGAGCUUGAAGACAGUAGUCAUCCCUUCCUAGAGUCAUCUUCGGCAUUACUUAAUAUUGGUAUACUAGAGCUCAAGAAUUUUGAGGAGUCUUGCCUGAGGAGCUUCAAGACAGGAGAAGUGAUCCCUGCAGUAUUCGCGUUCAGGCAUUGCGCAAAUUCUCCUGAUUUUGAUGGUCUGAUGUGGGAGAUUGCAGUUUGUGUCUUCAUUACCAUGUAUCUAAUUCUUAUAUAUGUAUGUACAUUGCAAUGUAGAUCCUUCAAUGAUAUAAAUAUAAAAAUUAAAAAUAUAUGUUCCUUCAAAA